CAUGUUGACAUGUGCUGACUUCUGUUUAGUUUAGUGUCUAUGACAUAUUUGUUUAUUAAAAAUUGUAAUAGAAACAAAUUAUUUAAGAAUUUCAGCUAUAAAUUCAAUAAAAUUAAACAUUGAAUUUCAGCUCAGUGCAGAACAACUAAUUUUCAAGUUUUUGUUGAAAUAAUUGUUAUGGAACAGUAUACCUGAAACGUUUGAAAUAUGUCUAGUCGAAGAAGCAAUAAUACUAAUUCUAGAUUGAAACAGGAUUAUAUUAGACUGAAGAAGGAUCCUGUACCAUAUAUUACCGCCGAACCUCUACCCAGUAAUAUAUUGGAAUGGCAUUAUGUCGUAAGUGGCCCUGAAAAUACACCAUAUGAAGGAGGAUAUUACCAUGGGAAAUUAGUUUUUCCCAGUGAAUUUCCUUUCAAACCUCCUGCAAUUUACAUGUUGACGCCAAAUGGCAGAUUCAAAACAAACAAGAAGCUCUGUCUCAGUAUUUCCGAUUUUCAUCCCGAUACUUGGAAUCCUGCAUGGAGUGUAUCAACAAUUCUAACAGGACUUCUCAGUUUCAUGAAUGAAAGAUGUCCAACAUUAGGAAGCGUUGAGAGUACAGACCAUGAUAAAAGACAAUUUGCAUAUAAUUCACUGGAGUACAACUUGAAGAAUAAAGAUUUUUGCGAAUUGUUUCCAGAACUUGUUACUACUAUGAAGGUUGAAUUGAGCAGAAGGGUCACUCUUCAGUCCAGCCAUGGAGACAAUUCAAAUGUGAAUAAUCGGUCAGUAACUGAACAAAGUAGUAUUCAAUCGUGUAUAACUAAUUUAAUAGUUAUAGUAGGAUUUGCAGCUUUUGCAUUUACAGUUAAAUAUGUAAUGCAACAUACGAAACAGGAAUAAAAUUCGGUCUUAAUUUCAAAUAAUUUUCAUAUUCUCUUUCAAUUGAGUAUUGAUUCUAUUGUUACUUAUUAAUACAUAUCAGUAUAUGUAUAAUUUUAAAUUAAUUGAUUUUAUUUUUAAUGAAUGUUCCAACUGUGGUCAAAUAAUAGUGUUAACAUGUUUUUAUAAAACUCACAUUUUCCGCUUUUAGCCGAACUUCAAAAACCUGUAGCCUGUUCAGCAAAAUUAAAAAAUUGUUCAGUUCCUGACGACCCUUCAUCCUUUAUUCAAUAUUGUAACAUUAAUUUGACAGAAACUGUUUGUACUUUGAAUAGUUUCAAUUUGUAUUGAAUUUGAAUAUUUAUAUUUUUAUGUGAUAUAAAUUAGUUACUACAU